AUGGGAACCGGAAAGAAAGAGGCGAGCCGAAAGGUUCGCCAGGGCAAGACCGGCGAUGGCAUGGGCAAUGUCAAGGUCAAGGGCGAAAAUUUCUACCGCUCUGCCAAGCGGGUGAAGCAGUUGAACAUGUACAAGGAUGGCAAGCCGCAGCGCAACGCCGAUGGAGAGAUCACCAAGGCCGCCUCCUUCCAGAGCCGAGAAAUCCCCAACGCCCGGAUCGAUCCCAACCGCAAGUGGUUCGGCAACACUCGUGUCAUCUCCCAGGAGAGUUUGACGGCGUUCCGGAGCGCCAUGGCGGAGAAGGCCGCGGACCCUUACUCGGUCCUGCUCAAGAGCAACAAGCUGCCCAUGUCCUUGAUCAAGGAUGGUGCCGACAACGUCAACGGUAUCAAGCAGCACCAGGCCAAGAUGACGAUUGAGACGUCCUCUUUUGGAGACACGUUCGGGCCCAAGUCCCAGCGGAAGCGCGUCAAGAUUGGCUCCGGUUCCAUUGCGGAUUUGGCUGGCGAGGUCGACAAGGACCUUGACAAGUUCAACGAGCUCCAGGAGCGGAAUAAGCUGCUCAGCGGCCAAUCCGGUGGUCCUGACGAGGAUGAGGGUCACGUCACCUUGUCGAUCGAGCCCAUCUUCAACAAGGGUCAGAGCAAGCGUAUCUGGAACGAGUUGUACCGUGUGUUGGAUUCUUCUGACGUUGUCAUCCACGUCUUGGACGCUCGCGACCCUCUGGGAACGAGAUGUCGCAGUGUCGAGAAGUACCUUCGCGAGGAGGCACCUCACAAGCAUCUCAUCUUUGUCUUGAACAAGACGGACUUGGUGCCUACCAGUGUUGCUGCCCGAUGGGUGAAGCACUUCUCCAAGGACAAGCCUACGCUGGCGAUGCACUCUAGUCUGACGAAUCCCUUCGGUAAGGGUAGUCUGAUUGAGCUGCUCAGACAGUAUGCCAAGCUCCACAGCGACCGCAAGCAGAUCUCUGUUGGCCUCAUCGGCUACCCCAACGUCGGCAAGAGCUCCAUUGUCAACACUCUGAGACAGAAGAAGGUCGCCAACGUUGCACCGAUUCCCGGUGAAACCAAGGUCUGGCAGUACAUCACACUCACCCGCAAGAUCUACAUGAUUGAUUGCCCCGGUAUCGUACCGCCGUCGCAGACCGACACCCCUCAGGAUCUUCUCCUGAGAGGUGUGGUUCGCGUAGAGAACGUCCACAAUCCCGAACAGUACAUUCCUGCUGUACUCGAGAAGGUGAAGACACAUCACAUGGAGAGAACAUAUGGACUCAAGGGUUGGACCAAUCACGUUGAGUUCCUCGAGAUGCUUGCCCGAAAGGGUGGUCGUCUUCUGAAGCACGGAGAGGCCGACUUGGACGGUGUUGCCAAGAUGGUCCUCAACGACUUCAUGCGCGGCAAGAUUCCUUGGUUCACUCCUGCGCCUGUUGAGGAGGGUGCGGAGACAACAGAGGGCAUCGAGGGCCGUGGUGGCAGGCUUGGCGAGAUGCCGCAGAAGCGGAAGCGCGACACUGCCGAUGUGGCCGAGAGCGUCGCCGAUACGUCAAUGGGACCCUCCAGUGACGAAGAAGAAGGGGACGAUGAGGAGUUUGAAGGUUUCGGGUCUGACAAUGACAAGGCUGAGGGCGAUAAGUCCUUGGCCGAGGCAUCUGAAGACGCAGGUGAGGCCUCGGACGACAUGAUCCCGCUGGAUGAAGUAUCAGACGACGACUCUGCGAGUGAAAAUGGUGGUGACGGCGCUGCCUCGGAGACGAGCUACAACACCUCGGUCCGUGCUGCAUCGCUCCGCAGUGCCAGCAACGCCUCGAAGAAGAGAAAGACGAAGACGUGA